GUUGAUCGCGUCAGGAGCGCGCCGGAGCUUCCGGGCCCCUCUGGUGGCGCCUUUCCGGGGGGCUCGCGCCGGCCUGCUGUCGUCAUGGAGCCCGAGCCCAAGGGUGGCUACGUGCUGAGCAACCUGGCCGAGGUGGUGGAGCGGAUCCUCAGCUUCCUGCCCACGAAGGCGCUCCUGCGGGCGGCCUGUGUGUGCCAGCUGUGGCGGGAGUGUUCCCGCAGAAUCCUGCGAACGCAGCAGAGCGUCACCUGGGUCCCUGCCUUGGAACCAGGCCCAUCCAACAGCCAUGUCCUGGUCCAAGUGUUAGCCGAAGAAAUCGAGAAAGUUCAGAUCCUCCCCCAGACAGUGUUAUAUAUAAUAGCAGAUGGAGAGACUUACAGUGGAUUCAGAGAGAGCUGUGGCCACGGUCUGAAGAAAGCACGGCGAAGGAACAGUAAAGAAAUAGCUGCUGCCCUGGAAAAACUGCUGCCCAAACGGUGCCAAGUUCUUGGCCUUGAGACACCUGGAGUUGUAGUUACUCCAAAAGGCUCUCGCAGCAAUCAUCCCUUAGAAGUUGAAGACAGAGAGGCUGGCGUUGCCCUGCUGCUCCCCAAAAUCGAUGGGGUGAAGAUUCAGACCUUCCACUUUUUUAAAGAUAUGAAGAGCCAAGCCAUCGAUGAAGGACAGUUUGCAGAAGCAGGUCUUAAGAACAAUCCGGAUCUUAGAGUGGUUCUUCUGUUUGGAUACAAUACCUGGAAGUCAGGAUCAACACGAUUUCUCCGCCAAAUUCUCAAUCGUUUGAAUGAAAAGAGCAUAAUCUUAGCUGGGGGACACGUAGAGAGCAUUCCCUCUCUAACUGCAGAGAAUACCAUUCAGCCGGCAGACUCCUGUGGCGUCGUUGGCUUGGCUUUUAGUGGCCCCCAGAUCCAGUGCGCCUCCGUCCUGUUAGACGAAGACGUAACGGACGAAAAGACAGCAGAAGCUGCGAUGCAGCGCCUCAAGGCCGCCAACAUCCCGGAGCACAACAGCCUGGGUUUCAUGUUCGCCUGCGUCGGCAGGGGACACCAGUAUUAUAAAACCAAGCCAAACCUGGAAGCCGAUGCUUUUAGAAAGUUCUUUCCGAAUGUCCCCCUGUUUGGCUUUUUUGGACAUGGGGAGAUCGGAUGCGAUCGGAUCGUGACUGGGAAUUUUGUCCUCCGGGAAUAUACUGAGGCCAAGGAUGACCUCCUCCACGGUUACACCACUGUCAUGACACUUGUGCAUCUGGGUUCAGCUAAGGCGAAUCAAGCUUAAGCCUCUUCUUGGCGGUGGUGCACCAAAGUCACCAGGCUGCACUGAUUUCAGAAACGUGCAAUUCUGGGAACACUUCAAAGUGCCUCCUGAAACAAAACUGAAGGUUGUCCCAUUGACUGUAGGUCUCAUAAACUGUGUAAGCUUAAAUUAGGUGAAGAAAAGAACGUUUUUAUACCACGUUUCUAAAACUCUAAGUGUUUUGUACGCAUGGUAGAUUUUUUACAUCAUUCCGGUAGUUGCAGAUGACAGUUGUUAGCAUCACCGGUGCUUUCAUACUGGAAACUGAUUUUUUUUUUCAUGCUGUUAGUGGAUUUCUGAACAAGUCAGCCUUUGAACUAAUUCUGUCUUAAACUGUGGCUGUGUCUUUUAUUGUUUGUCUUUGGAGAUGUAAAGCUUCAGGCCUGAAUUGAGCCCUUUUACCUCAUCUGUUAAGGUAAGGUGGCAAAGGGUCUAUGCAGGCCUGGCCAAAUUUAUCCUCUCUAGACCAAAAGGGGAUAAGACGGUCUGGAUCCUUGGGGCUUAUCUCAGUAAAACCUUGCAAAUUGGGCAGUGUUGUUCACUAACUAGUUUGUAUUCUAAAUUGUACUAGUUACCUGCUUCUUAAUCUCUUUUGUUGUAGAAAAAUAUUCCUUGGGGAUUUUCCUGAUCCUAAAUAUACCACCUUUGUGGAGGGACCACAAGAUCUGUCUGAUUUGGCUUUGGUUCUACUGUUGAGUGGCCUCAGUACAAAUUUUUGGGACCUGGAGCAAAAAUCAGUGAAAGCUUAGAAGUAAUAAUGUUUUCUUCCUAUGCAGACAUCUGCAAAAUAAUAAAAAAGACCUGCGUUUGUCAAUAUAGGAAAGAUAAAUGGCAGCAGAAUUAUAUGGUUGCAAGGUAUUAUCUUGAUAUUCAACUUUCCAUCUGUCGUUAAAACUACUGAAGAUAUUUAUAAUUGUCCUAGGGUUGUACUGGGAAAGUGGGACAAGGGUAAAUAAGGUAACAGAAAAUUAAAUACUUGAUUUUUCUCUCAACCGCAAGUUAUAUUCUUCCUGUCUCCCUCCAAAAGCAGAGUGCCAGGGAGUUGGGAGUGUUUCUUUCGGACCAGAAGGCGCUUGUUUUUUUCCAUGAAAAAUUGAAAACGAUGAUACAAGAAAAUACUUGUGUGUGUGUGUGUGCGUGUGAAUACACCAAGUGAAAUAGGUGCACAUCAUACAGUAUGUCCGUAGUUGUCUUUUGGGAUUCAUUGCAGACUUGGCUGCUUUUAAUGCAUGGGAGAAACACAGUUUGCAGGACUAAGUCGAGAUGAUCUACUUUAUUACGUACAGUGGCUAUUCAUUCUGGUUUUGCACCAUUUGAAUAAACAAAGGAUGGUAAUCCUGCUUCAGGACAGGGUUCCUCAUCUGGUUGAAGUCAUUGCCUAGUAUUCAGUUAAGAUCCCCUAAUUACCUUUCUUCUGGCUUGAUUUGGUAAUGUCACUGCAAUACCAAAAAUACAAAAUCCUAGGGAAAUAUCAGGUAGGGGGAAUACAGAAUGUUGGAUAGUGCAGUAGUACAGUAUUUAUGGGCCAGUUUUCAGGGUAUUUUCACAAACUGAUUCAUAAAGCCAAUAAUUAAAAGUUUUAGGGAAGUAAUUUUUAAAAUAAUACCUUAAAUGUGCAAUUGAAACUAUGCUUAUGUUUCAGUGGACAGAGACGUCCUAUUCUGGAGCCACUUUUGAGGAGUGUGUGUCUGUUAUGUCCACUAGCUAGAUUGCUUUAAAAGAAAAUGGCAGAUUUUAAUGGCCAGUGUGUUUAUCUAUAGGAAACUGUUUUCUGCUGCAAUGACACCACUGCUUUAGGGAAACCAAUCUAAAGUGUAUGUUGAAAAUGUAGCUGUAUGUUAAAAUUGGCACUGACAUGUGUGCUGGGCACACAAUAGUGAUUCAGUUGUUUAAAAAAGUUUCCUGAAUUGAGAUUGACUCCUGGGAACUUUGUGUACAUGAUCAUUCAGUUUUCUUGGUAAAUUUACAUAUGCGAAGGUGUUAAACUUUGAGUCAUUCUUCCUGCUGGGACAGACAGUGAGGUGUGCAAGAAAAAUGGGGUUGAGAUGGUCACUUGGAAUUAUCCAGGUCAUUUCUCAUUUAAAGAAUUUAGUUUCUUGCAAUUAAUGGUAUGAAGAUGAUCUUUCACACAGCACACUGGCAGCCAUGGUUUGUUUACCUAUGUUUAUUGAAUAAACUACAAUUAGCUAGGGUUGCUGUAAUUCUUAAAAAAUCACUUCAGUUGAGUUCACAAGAUUUAGCCCAAAUAAGCAAAAAGCAUUUUGGCUUAAUGUGUUGUUUGAAUCCAGGGAAUACAACAAAUGAUGCAUUUAAAGUUAGGUACAGUUUCUUCUGUGUAAAUAGAUUUUAAAAAUCUCUAGGGAGGAACAACAAAGUGAUUUAAAAGAAAAAUACAUACUUAAAGAAAUACAAUUCAGUGUGCAUCUAGGGGGCUAGAUAGGUCCACCUUUUCAGCCCUUCCUAAAGCUCCUGUACGGUGUGUCUAAUGUGAAAACAAGCUCUGUUCUGGGACACUAAUGCCGAGGUGGGAGGCCCUCCACCCGCUCCCCAAAUUGUGUUAGAAAUAAAUCCAUUCACGGUAACCCAGCCAGUAGUAGUUCUUCCCAAAUGAGAGGGAGUGCAA